AUGAUGACCACCAACAACAAGUUAUUCAUACUGUUGGUGACCAUUUUGGUCUCCAUCAUGGCCACUACAGCUGAGGUCACACCUGUCUAUGUAAACAUUGGAUUCACCGCCCAACAGGACGAGAUGCGUGUAUCAUGGUACACGGUGAACAACUCCACCGCUGGAGUGGUCCGUUACUCCAAUCAAUCAAUGGAGUUGGACUUGGCCGCCGGCGCCACCGCCAGUGCCUCGUCAAGCAGCACAGAGUAUGGCGAAUUCCCAGGCUGGUUCGGAUUCGUCAACACCGCUGUCAUGAGUGGAUUGGCACCACUCACUCAAUACUUUUACCAGGUUGGCGAUGCUUCGGCCGAUGUCUGGAGUCCAGUGUUCAACUUCACCACUGGUGCCGGAGCCACCGUCUUCAAACCCUUUGCCUUCUCAGUCUAUGGUGACAUGGGAGGUGGAAACUACAUGCUAAACGUCGACAGUCUAAUUACCAACUCUGAUCGUUUUGAUUGGAUCCUCCAUGUUGGUGACAUUGCAUACGCUGAUUACUCGAAUAGCAGCAGCAACAAGGGCAUUAGAAGUGGAAUGCUUGGUAAUAUGACAGUUUGGAAUGAUUUCAUGACAUCGAUCACACCAUUCAGUGCACAUCAAUCUUAUAUGACAUGUAUCGGUAAUCAUGAUGCCUUUUUGAACAAGUCAGCAUACACCACAACAUGGAUAAUGCCAUCCGAGUCACCUUUAAUCACAUGGUACGCAUUCGAUUAUAAUGGUGUACACUUUGUAUCCAUGUCGACUGAGAAUGACUAUGCACCUGGCUCGGAACAAUACGUCUGGUUGGAGAACCAUCUCCAACAGUUCCGUGCAUCCAACCCCAACACCUGGCUCAUUGUCUACGGACAUCGUCCAUUCUACUGCACCACAGUCAUCAACUGGUGCAUGGGUACCAACAACUUGGCAUUGUACGAGGCCAUGGACCCAUUGAUGAUGAAGUACAAUGUCGAUAUAUUCAUCGCUGGACAUACUCAUGCUUAUGAACGAUCAUUCCCUGUGUAUGACAAGGUGGUGGCCGGAACAUUUGCCGAGCCAAAGGCAACCGUGUACAUUUCCGUUGGUGUCGGUGGUAACUGGGAGGGAUUGGACCCCUUGUUCAACGUGGACAAGCCACACUGGGCCGACUAUCGCAAGACCGAACUAGGCUAUGGUAUCCUGAACGUCGUCAACGAGACCACCAUCCACUGGCAAUUCAUUCAACAAUCCGACGACACUGCUGUUAUGGAUCAAUUCACACUCAUUAAAGGUACAUUCUAA